AUGGGUCCUCAACUGGGAACAUCAACCGGUGGCAGUGUAUUAAGUCAUGUGAAGGAAAGAGUUGAUGCUGUAGAUGAGGAGAAUUUCAUAUUUGAGUACUCUAUAAUUGAAGGAGAUCCUGCUCUCAUAAAUUCUAAUUUAGUCGAGAAAAUGUCUUAUCAUGUCAAGUUUGAAAAUUCUCCUGAUGGAGGAACAACUUGCAAGCGCGCUUGCAAGGCCUAUGUCACUGAUGGCGCUGAGGGCAAAGAAGAUGAAAUUAGGGCUUGCCAAGUAUAUACUACACAACUCUUUUUUGCAAAUCUCAAGCUUUAUGAAGCCUAUGCCUUGGCAAAUCCUGAUGUGUAA